AGAUAAUUCAUCCUAACACUACUGUCUCCUAUUUUAAUUCCUCUCCUCUACGCUUUCACAUAACACAGCGCAACGCAACCCCUUCCAUCCCAAUUAACUCUCUUUUUUCAAUCGACUGAAGAAACUUCACAUAUUGGGUUUCGAUUAUUGAGGGGAAAAUUCUGGUCUUGACUCUCGAUUGGUUAUUCGGUACCCCAUAAACUACUUUUUCCUCUUUAUGUCAGUUUUGGUGGUUGGGAUUUGUUAAAAUUUGUGUUUUUAAGGUUUCUGCUUUGUGGGGUUUCUGUUCGGAGAAGUCUAGGUUUUGGUCGGGGUUUAUCGGGGGGUGUUUUUUUUUUUGGUAUUGAUGGCUAGCGCGGUUGUUGAAGAAAACAACAAUGUUGAGUACGAUAGUGACCCGGAAGAGGCAAAGAGACCGUUAACAAUGCGGAGGCGUGAAGCCAGCGAUGACGAAGAAGAAGCCGAAGCCGAAGGAGAAGAAGAAGUCACUCAUAAGAGGCAAGAUCAUAAGGUAGAGGUUCCCUCUGAUGAUGUAGAUGACGAAGGAGGUGUUGAAGACUAUGAUGAUGAUGAUGUUGUUGUUGAAGAAGAAGAAGAGGAGGAGGAAGUGGAAGUUGAAGAAGAGGUGUACGAGAAAAAGGGUGGUGCAAGUGGUGGGGUUGAGGUUGAUGUUGAAGGUUCAGUGGAUGUGGUUAAGGAACCUGGUGAUGAUGAUGUCAGACCCCCUUUAGAAGAUUCUGUUGAGGACCAUUCGGAGGAGAAAAAGGAGAACGAACCAUUUGCGGUGCCCACAGCUGGAGCUUUUUACAUGCACGAUGACCGUUUUAGGGAUAAUGCUGUUGCCUGCCAAAGGCAGAUACAUGGGGGAAGGAGUCUGUGGGAGGCCAAAGACAACAGGAAAUGGGGACAUGAUAAAUAUGAGGAAAUUACUUUGCACGAAAAGCAUUAUGAAGAGAGGAGGCCUUCUAAGGGUAAUUAUCGCAGCCGAGGUAAAAGUCGAGGCACUUAUCACGGAGGACAUGUUCGAGGAAACAGGACAGGAUAUAAUGACAGUAGCAAUCAAAAUCAGGUGCCUAAGAGGGUUGUGAGAGGGAGAGGCCCCCAAAAGUAUGAACGUACCAAUAAAAGCAAUGCGGCAUCUUCCCAAGUGCAAAAUAAACAUUCGGGGAGGACUUCCACACAUGCUGCCAAGGCAGAAUCUGGCCCUGUGCCUGCUAAAAAUCAAGCGGUUGCUUCAAAUUUGAACUCAGCAUCCCUGCCAUUUUACCCUUCAGGCUCUUCAAACAAAGAUAAUAAUUUGGCACAAAGAAGGGAGGUGCAAACAGGUGGCAGUAGCAGGAACAUUAGUCCUGUUGUUGUGGAUGAGGGUUUUCCAGUUCAACAAAACAAUGCACAGCUUCGGGGAAAGAAUGUUGUUGAUUCCAUUAGCAUGGCAAAGUUGUAUAUUGAUGAAUCCAUCCCUCCUCCAUCUGUUGGAAAGCCUGGAUAUUCUGCAGUCAGUGCUUCUCAAUCUCCUCAUCUCAGGGCUUCUGGGACUGGGAGGGGUGUAUCAAUCCCAGUACAGACAAAUUAUCAGCGUGCUCACUCACUGAAUAAAGUUUCUCCAUCUCAAUUCCAGGCUAUUCAGACAAGUUCUGCACCAGGGUGGAAUUCAACUUCUGUGCAAGCUACUGCCCCACAGUUGGGCAAUAGGCCUGGCAGUGGGUCUCAAUCAUCAUCUCCCCCCAGAACAUCCACGCCAGUGAAUUCACAUGAUUCUGGAGAAAUGGAUUCAGCAUCAGAAUCAGGUAAAGCCAAAGGUGCUUCGGUUGGGAAGGGAAGGGGAGGUUCCCAAGGUGCAGGAAGGGGCUCUUUCGUUUAUGGUGGGGCACAGGUAAUGGGCACCACUGGAAAUGUGGCUGUUAGUCAUGGAGAUCCAAACUUCCCAGCCUUCUUGCCAGUCAUGCAAUUUGGGGGCCAGCAUCCUGGUGGUAUGGGAGUUCCUGCUGUUGGCAUGGCAUUCCCUGGAUACGUUGGUCAGCCUCAACUUGGUUUGGGAAAGUCUGAAAUGACAUGGCUACCAGUGUUGGCUGGUCCUGCAGGAGCUUUAGGGGCUACAUACCCAUUCCUUCCUGUUGAUGGUGCAAGCAGUCGACAAUCUGGACAGGCCUCUGCAAUGAGUACUUCAAGCAAGGAACAUAAUGAUAAAGCUAAUAAUGAAUUGAAGCCACCUCAGAGAUCUGAGCUUGCAAGUGAUGAGUUUGGACAGCGGCAGAAUAAACCCCGAAGAUAUUCAGAGAUGAAUUUUGGUCAGUGAAUAGGGUGCAGCUUGUUUGAAAUUUGAAAUAAGCAGAUGAAGGCCUUUCUCCUGGCCCUUUGUUCUCUAGCUUUUGAUCUGGAGCACUUUGGGCUACAAUAAGUUUUCAGAUUUUUUUAGUUAUAUAAUGCCUGCUCUUGCUGUUCACCAUAGUACAAGUUAUUGCAGCUUGAUGGGUGGUAGUUGCUUGUUUAAUUGUACGGUUUUUCUAGUGAAGCACAGGCAGGCUUCUCUAGAACUACGGAUAUAGAAAAAGGCCAUAGUUAUUAUUGUGCAGCAGCUGAUUGCAUCGUGGGUGAAAGAAAAGUUUCUCAUGUAAAGGGUUUUGUUAUGCAUCUGGUUUGACUAUGUGCUUAUAUCAAAUCUUAUAAGCAUACGAGACAUUUUUAAUGUAUUGUUCCUUUUUUCUUUUUUGUUCAAUUAUUUUAGCUAAACGGUUCUAUUUCCAAAUUUGUACACCUAUUUUGACUUGAAAGACUAUAGUUAGCUAUCAUACUAUCUACAGUUCUCCUGCAUUAUCAUACAAUUAUCAUUUCUAUUGCCUCAAGACUA